AUGAGGGACCUGGCUCGGCUGCUGGAGCUGGCAGCUGCGGCCUGCGCUGAGCCGGUGCAGGGGAGCGGUCGGCAGUUCUGCGACCAGCUGGCCGCGGUCAUCAGCAGUCACCUGGACGUGAGCAACCUGACCGGCUACCAGCUCGCCAACGACACCGACGGCAGCCAGGGCAUCGCCACCGCCGCGCUAUCUGUCGUCCUCGGCAUCGUCAUCCUUAUCACUGUCCUCGGUCAGUAA